AUGGGGCUCCUGUGUGUUAUCRGUACACAGGGUGCCCAAGAGCAAAUUUUAAGUAAAUCCAAUAUGGCGACGGUGAGGUCCAAGGUUUUGAAUUUGUAUCGUCAAGUCUUGAGGGAAGGUUUAAAGUUUAGCAGUUACAAUUACAGAGAAUAUGCAAUUAGAAAAGCAAAAGAUGAAUUCCGAGCUCAUAAGAACAUUACAGAUUCAGAACACAUUAAACAACUUAUACAGCAAGCAGAACAAAACCUUCACAUUAUUAGACGUCAAACAUUGCUGAAUAAUAUGUACAGACAUGAAAAGCUUGUCAUUGAGAAGCAGUAACURCAAUGUCAUUAGUAUUGUUAGUAUUUUAAUGUAUAUGCUUCCCAGUUGUAAAUAAAGACACUGAUAACAAGG